AUGCUGCUGCUGCACAAGGAAUUAUCAAUAGUCCCCACAGGAGCUACUGGGAAACCCUUGCAGGAGUCUCUCGGGGAGAUCGCGUACUCCGCCUCCUUCCUGGAGUGGUUUUCGGAGGAGGCUCGGCGCGUGUACGGUGACAUCGUCCCGUCGCCUGCCAAGGACCGAAAGAUCCUCCUCCUCAAACAGCCUGUGGGGGUCGCCUCCAUCAUCACACCGGUGAGCAGCUCAACCUCACUGUGGGUCAGAUUGUUGCCUCCAGCGCCACCAUCAGGUCAAAGUUUGAAUUUCUCUUCACAGGACGUCGCAACCAGGAAGGUUGGAGCCGGCUUGGCUGGCCGGGCUUGCCGGUGGUGGUCAAGCCCGGCAGGAGGCACGCCGCUGUCGGCGCUCGCUCUGGCCGAGGUGAGCGAUGCCGCGGAAAUCCCGGCGGGGGUGUUCAACGUGGUUCCCCCCGUGUUCACCAGGAGAACAGACUCCGCAGUCGGGGAGGUUCUCUGCACCGACCCGUUGGUCGCCAACCAAAUCUCCUUCACCGCGGUCCCACCGCCACGCGGCAAGGCGAAUGUCGAUCAAGGCGGUGGCCGAGCCAUGGCCACCAGCAGGUAUCAGGAACUCUGGACCCAGCGUUCUCGAGUCUUGACUGAAGCUCACACCAGCUGUUACUGCAGUUCAUCCACCUCUACCUCACCCUCCCUUAUCCACAAGCGCUACAUCAGUUUCCUCUCCUUUCUCGCCGCAGCACCAAAAUUGUGUUUUGUGCUCGGAACCCCGACUUUCUGGUGGCAGAGGCGGCAUCUCCCACGAUGCUUCAUGGACAAACUGGGGCAAGCGUGGACGCUGGAGCCUGCGUGUGGAGCCGCACGGCUCGGCAGCCCCGGCACGACCAGGGGCCUCAUCAACACCAGAGCCUGCAGAGAAGUGGUCCAGCAGGUGUCGGAUGCAGUGUCCAGGGGAGCGAAGGUGUUGAAGGGCGGGAAGCGUCUGGACGGGUCCUACAUGGAGCCCACCCUGCUGGCCAAUGUCACCACAGAUAUGCUCUGCAUGAAGGAGGAAACAUUCGGCCCGCUGCUGCCCGUCAUCAGGUUCAACACAGAGGAAGAGGCUCUGGCUAUUGCUAACGCAUCUAAUGUUGGGCUGGCAGGUUACUGCUACUCGCAGGAUGUGAGUCAGAUCUGGCGGGUGGCGGAGGCGUUGGAGGUGGGGAUAGUUGGAAUCAACGAGGGCCUCCUGUCCACCCCAGAGGCCACGUUUGGCGGGGUCAAACAGUCUGGUCUGGGCUGCGAGGGCUCCAAGUACGGCAUCAAAGAGUAUCUGGAAGUGAAGUACAUGUGCUUCGGAGGCCUCAAACCCUGAAUCAGGACGGAGCGACGGGUCCAGCCGGUACUAUCAUUAGAGGUCCUAACUGUAGAGCUCAGGUUUUAAUUGACUUUAAAUUUGACCAUAACGCAAAAUAACCCUUUCAAAUAAACAUAAAACAUCAGUGGACUCAACUGUUAAUGAGGGUAUGAAAGUAGUCGAGUAACUUUUGACAAAUCAUAAAAUAGUUUUUAUUAUCCGUCGGCUGUCAGGACGGGUUCAGUGAGACGGGCUCCUCUUAAUUCUCCUCCAUUAUGAGAAACAGUUUCUUUCAGGCAAUAAUUAGCUUCAGUUAAAACCAACUUUAGGUAAAUGUUUUUCUUUAAAUCUUUAAUUGAGAGAGUGAACAUGUUCAAGCAAACAUUCACAUCAAAGAAAGAUUGAUUUAAAAAAAACAACACAUUUUUUAACUCUGUAAAAAAGUCUUAAAUACAAUAGACAAUAUCAUGCUAACUCAGCACGGUGUAGACCAUACCAUGAAAAUUUCACAUAAAUCAGAUGGUGAUUGGCACAUACGGCUUAAUUCCUGUUUCCAGUAGGAGGCGCUGCGAGUAGUACUGAAUAUUUGUAUGUUGUUUGAUGCACAGUCACAAAAAGCACAACGUUUAUUCGCUAAAUCGCUAAAAAUGACCACUCAAUCCAAAAUGCCCGACUGCGUGUAGGGUUUGUGGUACGAGAGGCUUUCUGGUCAUGAUCCCCGUGCGUACUAAUGUUCAUACAUAUUGGUAAAACAUGUCCCCUUGUUUUUGAGUGUGUUUGUGGUCACCAAAAACGAGAUUCAUUUGACAGAAAAAUAAUAAUUUAAUUGGACAAGAAGCACAAAGGGUCGAUUUAUGCUUUAUUCACAUUUUCAAACAAUAUUUUUUACAGAGGGAACAUGACAAGUCCUCUCCAAUGAACUUCCCACAUCCCUUAAACACCAGGACAGACGUGCUAAUGAUCUCUGAUAUAGCAUCGUGCGGGGCCGUCUCCCACACAGCGGACGUUCCAGUGCUAAAAAAAUGUCUGCAACUUUUUCCUACAUGUGAACUUCUUCUAGCAGCAUAUAGAUCCUCGUUUAAAAUGGGAAAUAAGCCGGACACUCGGUAGAGAAGGAAACAUUUACUGUGAUAAAAUGACGCA